AUGAAGAGCUCCGCCGGGCUGCUGGGCCUGCUGCUGGUGGUGGCCGCCUUCAGCCCCCAGGGCCAUGCUCAGCCAGAAGCGCUCAGUGCCCCAACCACUUGCUGCUUCACAUUUAGCAGCAGGAAGAUCCCCCUCCAGAAGCUGAAGAGCUAUUGUGUCACCAGCAGCCAGUGUCAAGAGGAGGCUGUCAUCUUCAGGACCAAACUGAACAAGGAGGUCUGUGCUAAGCUGAAGGAGAGAUGGGUCCAGAAUUACAUGAGACACCUGGAACAAAAACCCACACUCAGGAGGUUUAAACUCUGCUAUCCACACUAA